CAACUCCCAGAAUGCAACUAUUCGAAUUGACUCUUAACCCCGGAAGUGUUCGUGUCCUUUUACAGAAUUUGGUUUGGUGCAGGUUGAGAUUUAAGAGAAACCUUUACCCUGACAUAUGGAAGAGAUGAUGGAGUCGUCUGGUAAGCCGAGUGAAGCCACGGAGAAAAAGCAAGGUCAGAACCGGAGCAGAACUCCUAAAGGUGCCGGAACCCAGAGCACUCCUCAGCAGAACGGUCCGUCCGGGUCAGACACGGUGGACAAGAAACAUCCCGAAGCUGACGUGAAGCCCAGGAGGCAAGACCAGAAGACUACAUCAGAAUCAGAAACUCAGCAGGCUGACACGACUAAACGCCGACGCCAUAAACACCACAGGAACAAGCAGGCUCCCGGAGGAGCAGAGACAGGAACUGCUGAUCAUCUAACCCACACAGCUCCGAGCCAGCACCAGAAAAAACACAGCCGUAAACACCUGAAGAGCGACGCCACCGCGCUGCCGCCCGUCGACGACUCCACCGCUCCUGAUGAUGAAGGAGGAGAGAAGCAGAAGAGGAAGAAGAAGAAGAAGCAGAAGAAGUCCAGAGGAAACACUGAAGAUAAACCGGUGAACACGGUCGAGUCUGGAGCUAUGGAGAAAACCAACACUCCACUGAAAAACACUAACACUCAAGCUGAGAGCCCAAGCACAGCAGGACAGACAGACAGGACGGACAGAGAGAACAGUCGGAGGAACAGAGGGAGGAAGAGACGUCUGUAUGAGGAUUACAUGUCCAGUAAAGAUGUGUCUGAUGGACUGAAGAGAGGACAGCUCAUACAGGGUGUGUUGAGGAUAAACCCAAAGAAAUAUCACGAAGCGUUCAUUCCCUCUCCUGACGGGUCAGCGGACAUUUUCCUGGACGGGAUGGUGGCACGGAAUCGAGCUCUGAAUGGAGACGUGGUGGUGGUGAAGCUCCUCCCACCGGAUCAGUGGAAGGUGUUGAAUGGAGAUGAGAGUGAACAGAUGAGUGCAGAGAAAGAGCGACGGAGUGAGUCCAUGCCGGACGUUAUAGUGGAGGCUCAGUAUGAUGAGGAAGAGGAGGAGGAAGAAGAACUCAGUAAGAAAAUGGAGGCGGUCACUCUGCAGAAUAAAGCUCCGCCCACAGCAGAUCCACGCAACGCCUCAGACAGAAACGUCCAGCGCACCGCCAAGGUGGUGUAUAUCGUGGAGCAAAAACACUCGAGGGCGGUGUCAGGGUUUAUUAAGUUCAUCCCUGACAAGCCCUUCGCCCUGUUCUCUCCCUCGGACCAUCGAGUCCCUCGAGUGAACGUCCAGCUCUCAGGCUGUCCUGCAGAUUUCCCCUCACGCCCUAAUGACUAUUCCAACACAAUCUUCAUCUGCAGGAUCACACACUGGCCUCCAGACAGCCUGUUCGCCCAAGGGCAGUUGAUGAAAUCGUUAGGUCAGGCGGGGGUCAUUGAGCCGGAGACAGACGGCAUGUUGAUGGAGUAUGAUGUGGAUUUUUCAGAGUUUACAGAUGAAGUGUUAGCGUGUCUACCACAGGGUCGACCCUGGACCAUCCCACCUGACGAGAUGAAAAGGAGGCGGGACCUCAGGAAGGAGUGUAUAUUUACGAUUGAUCCAGCCACAGCCAGAGACCUGGAUGACGCUCUGUCCUGUAAACAACUUCCUGAUGGUAACUUUGAGGUGGGCGUGCACAUAGCGGACGUGAGUUAUUUCAUAGAGGAGGGAAGUGCUCUGGAUUACACAGCGAGCAGGAGAGCCACCAGUGUGUACCUCAUACAGAAGGUAAUUCCAAUGUUGCCACGUCUCCUGUGUGAAGAGCUGUGCAGUUUAAAUCCUCAAACUGAUCGUUUAACAUUCUCAGUCAUCUGGACCUUAUCACCUGAGGGGAAGAUCCUGAGUGAGUGGAUGGGCCGCUCGGUGAUCCGCUCCUGUGUGAAGCUGAGUUACGAUCACGCUCAGAGCAUGAUCGACUCGCCCAGUUCAGAGUUCGGUGCUGAAGAGCUCCCCCCAGUGUCCCCUGAACACUCAGUGCACACCAUCGUCCAGGCCGUCCUGCACCUGCACACCAUCGCCACUCACCUGCGUGCACAACGCUUCAGGGGCGGAGCCUUGCGUCUCGACCAGAUGAAGUUGGCGUUUACCCUGGACUCUGGGUCAGGAAUGCCUCAAGGCUGCUACGUCUACCAGUACAGAGACAGCAACAAGUUGGUGGAAGAGUUCAUGUUGUUGGCCAACAUGGCUGUAGCUCAUCAGAUUUACCGCUCAUACCCUGAGCUUGCACUGCUGCGGCGUCAUGCGCACCCUCAGAGCCGCCUGAUGAAGGCGCUACAGGAACAGUGUGAUCACAUCGGCCUCAACAUGGACAUGAGCUCGGCUGGAGCGCUGCACAGGAGUCUGGAGGAGGCGGUCGGAGAUGACGAGUACAGUACAGCCAGGAAGGCUGUACUCACACACCUGUGUGCCCGACCCAUGCAGAUGGCAGUGUAUUUCUGUACAGGAGUUCUGCAGGAUGAGAAGUUAUUCCAUCACUAUGCUCUGAACGUACCCCUCUAUACACACUUCACCUCUCCUAUCCGCCGCUACGCUGACAUCAUUGUCCACCGCCUGCUGGCUGUAUCACUCAAUUGUGGACCUCGUGUGCAUGUCACCCAAGAUGAAGUGCAGAAGCAGGCCUCUCACUGUAACGAUAAGAAGAUGGCGUCCAAGAGGGUUCAGGAGAUGAGCACUGAGCUGUUCUUCAGUGUCUUUGUCAGGGAGUGUGGGCCUCUGGACUCACAGGCGAUGGUGAUGGGGAUGUUGGAUAAGUCCUUUGAUGUGUUGGUGCUGCAGUAUGGAGUUCAGAAGAGAAUCUACUGUAAUGCCAUUGAGGGUCUGCAGUCAUUUAAUUUCCGUAAAAUCGGUAAACGCCCCGAGAUGACCCUGGUUUGGAAUCCUAAUGAACUGGGAGAAGGAACAGUUACACAGGAGAUCUCCCUGUUCUCCGUGGUGGAUGUGCGACUGACUGCUGCUGAAGGACCUCUCAAAUACACUGCAGUACUGAUGAGACCCACACUCACACAGUCCUGAACACACACACACUUUAUUUGGUCUUAUUUGAUUUGAUAUUCUCGUGGUUCUGUUGAUCAGACAUACUGAGGUCAGUGUAAUGAAGCUGUGUCAGAUUUUAACUGGAGAUGUUUCACAUUAACACACACACCAUUAAUUAUUAUAUUAUAUCCCACAAUAUCUGUGUGUUAAAUACGUAAGCGUGUGGUCAAUAAUAUCUCUGAUGAACAGUGUGAUUAACACGUCGCUAAUGAUUUGACUUUUUCUUUAACACAGUUGAAUAGAGUUCAUGAAUUCGGGACAGGAAACUGUGACGUGUUUUUGUCCAAGGCGCUAGUCAUUGUUGUUUUUUUUGCUAACCACAUGUGCAAUAUUUCUCUUCAGCAUAUGUGGUCAUUUUUAAUCAUAAUAAAAAAAAAGCAGUGUCCUCAUAUUUAAAUAGGAGAUUACCCACAAUCCCACAGUGUUUACUGUAAACACCAGUUAUUUUAUGUAUCUGUGUGUGUGUGUGUGUGUGUAAGAUGAUUCAGUUCUCCCAGUGGGAGGAGUUUAAUUGUAUUUUUUAACACAGAUGUGUGUGUUGAUUAUUUUCCCUGCACAUGUGAUGUCUGCUGUAUUCAUUACUGCCUAACUCACUGUGCCUUUUAUUUUAUUUUAACUGUGUUUCAGGGAAAUGUUUUUCUGGUGUUAAAACAACCAUUUUAAUUUGUGUUGAUGAACUGUCACACUGUCACUGAAGAGAAUUAAAUUAUUUCCAUUCAGGAGAA